UCAAACAAAUUAAUACAUAAACACACCUUUGACGAGCUCACCGUACACAUUUCAACUUUCUUCUUCUUCAGCUGGCCAAAUUAGGGUUUUCAAUUUCUUCAAGCUUUCAGAUCACAUGAAGGCCUCCAAUCUGGAUCUGUUCGAUCCACAAACAGCUAUCAUGGACUCAUCUGACUACACUCUCGAAGUCGGCCGCGGUGACGGCGACUUCGGUUUCGCAUUCAACGACAGCAAUUUCUCCGAUCGUAUACUUCGAAUCGAGAUCGUUUCUGAAUCUACUGAAGCUAGAAGCGAUGGAGAAGGUUGCGCCAGCCUUGCUGAUUGGGCGAAGAAUCGGAAGCGACGGAGAGAAGAUAUUAAACGAGAAAACGAAUCAUGGUUAACCUUGACUCUAUUCUGGUGGAAGUCCUGUUUUUUAUUGAAUGAGUGUCUUCCACAAGCUGUAGACAUGACUGCUGAAGGUCCAGAGGAACAAAUUCUGAAUCAGCCUGAUAACAUUCCUGAUGAUUUGGACGCUGAAAACCAGGAUGAGGAGAAUGCCGCAAUGAUAGAAGAAGCGCCUUCAGGAGAUGAAGGUGCAAACGACCUUGAUUCAAACUGGAGCAUGGAGUGUUCGACAAUUGUAAAAGUAAAAACUCUACACAUUAGCUCUCCAAUUUUGGCGGCAAAAAGUCCAUUUUUUUACAAGCUCUUCUCCAAUGGUAUGAGGGAAUCAGAGCAACGACAUGUAACAUUGCGGAUCAAUGCAUCUGAGGAAGCUGCACUUAUGGAACUCCUCAACUUUAUGUACAGCAAUACGUUAACAGUGACAACUGCUCUUGAGUUGCUGGAUGUGUUAAUGGCUGCUGAUAAGUUUGAAGUGGCUUCAUGCAUGAGAUAUUGUAGCCGUUCAUUGAGAAAUCUAGAUAUGACACCUGAAUCUGCACUACUUUAUCUUGAUCUUCCAUCUAGUGUUUUAAUGGCGGAAGCCGUUCAACCACUGACUGAUGCAGCAAAACAAUUUCUCGCUGUUCGUUACAAGGAUAUUACCAAGUUUCUAGAUGAGGUUCUAACCUUACCACUUGCUGGAGUGGAAGCAAUUCUAGCAAGUGACGAUCUCCAGGUGGCAUCAGAAGACGCCGUUUAUGAUUUUGUCCUCAAAUGGUCGAGGCUCCAGUACCCUAAAAUAGAAGAACGUCGUGAGAUUCUAGCCACGCGUCUCGCUCAGUUCAUUCGUUUCCCGUAUAUGACAUGCAGAAAGCUUAGAAAAGUCAUGGCCUGCAACGAUUUCGACCACGAUUUCGCACAAAAAGUGGUGGUUGAAGCCCUCUUCUUCAAAGCUGAAGCCCCACACCGACAACGCACCCUUGCCGCCGACGAAAACCCGAACCCAAACCGUCGGUUUAUCGAACGGGCUUACAAGUACCGGCCUGUUAAGGUUGUGGAAUUCGAACAGCCUCGUCAGCAGUGUGUGGUGUACCUAGAUCUGAAACGCGAAGAGUGCGCGAAUUUGUUUCCGGCAGGCCGAGUCUACUCACAGGCUUUUCAUUUAGGUGGUCAAGGGUUUUUCUUAUCGGCUCAUUGUAACAUGGAUCAACAGAGCUCGUUUCAUUGUUUCGGGCUGUUUUUAGGGAUGCAGGAAAAAGGGUCGGUGACUUUUGCGGUUGACUAUGAAUUUGCAGCCCGGUCAAAGCCUACUGAAGAGUAUAUCAGCAAGUAUAAAGGGAAUUAUACGUUUACGGGUGGAAAGGCUGUUGGUUACCGGAACUUGUUUGCAAUACCGUGGACGUCGUUUAUGGCUGAGGACAGUCUUUACUUCAUCAAUGGCAUCCUUCAUCUUCGAGCCGAACUUACUAUUAGGCAUUGAAGAUUUAGUAAUUAAUAUUUCUAACUUAAAAUGUUUCGAUCUGAAACAGGAUCAAAAUCUGUGUGCUAUGUAAAAGAUAAGAGGAAAUGUAAAUUGGUACUCUGGAUCUGAAUAUUUCUGUACCUUAUGUGCAAAUUCGUAUUCUGGCUUAUAAUUUACUAGAAAAUAUUGAAUUUACUGUCAUAUGACAUGACAAUUCAAUUAAACUUCA